GAGGGGACGCGUGGCCGUCAGUCUCUCGCCGACCGCCGCGCCGCGAACACCCUCUGUGAUGCUCGGCGCGCCCUGACGCGACAUGGCCUCGUCCACGACCGGCAACAUCGUCAUCGAGUGGUUGCGGUCGCUCCACUUGGGCCAGUACGCGGAGAGUUUCAUCGACAACGGCUAUGACGACCUCGAAAUAUGCAAGCAGGUCGGAGAGCCGGACCUGGACGCGAUCGGCGUCCUCAACCCGGCUCACCGGCAACGUCUUCUACACUCGGUCAGAAGUUUGAGAGAAGAAGGCGCUGCAGCCGUCUACUUCACCUUGGAGGAGGCCGCCGCCGUCCGCGACUCGUGCCGCUGCGAGGAGGAAUCUCGCAAGGAGCAGGCUUCGGCUCAGGCUAUUGUGGAACCGGCUAAAUACAGCGACGAGUAUGAGGAAGGCAAAGCGGAACUGGUUAAAAUACCUCGGAUGCAGCUCAAGCGACUGCUGCGGGAGCGCCUGGCGCAGGACGGCAUCCGUCUCAGCCUCCAGCCAUAUUCAACAACGGACGGAGACCGAGGCUACCUAGAAGGCCUAGCAUCUAGAUACGCCGACCUCUUCUCGACGCACUACGGAGACGUGCUAGACCACCUGGAAGAGCUGAGAAGAUACGAAUGGGAGGAGAUGUCCCCCAGAAUGAGGGUUCUGGGAGGCCCUGGGACCCCCCAGACACCACCGUCGGCCAGUCCAGGGUCCCUAGCCCUGAAUAACCUGACCACCUCACACUCGCAACCCAUCUACGUGCCCGGAAAAUACUCGGUGGGUUUUCCAUCGAGUUGCUUGACGGACAAAGAAGAGGAUGAGAUCUACGGUUUCGGGUACGGAGUGUUCGGCAAACAGAUGAUGCAGAGACAGCAGCAGCAGAAGCAGUUGUUGCUGGCGCAGCCCACGCAGCCGCUGAUGCACAACCAGCAGCAUAAUUACCAGAGUUGUCUCAGUCCGCGGUCCGCGUACUUCUACGAGUUUCCCCCAAGUGAUAACUGCCUGGGCACGGCUAAGAAGAAGGUGACGACAUUCUCAAGACUGCUGAAGGGGCUGAAGUCCCAUAGGAAAGAGAAGCACGGCUCGUGUUCUCCGAAGCACACCAUGAACCCACGCCAGGGCCUGCCGCCGCAGAGGGUGGAUACUCCUGACAGCGUCCUCCAAAGUGGUCUGGGUCUCGGCCCGGGGCCCGACACCGCCCUGCGGUCCAUGGUAGACCCCCGUGACUACGACCGACUACGCUACUUACAAAUGACCGCCGCCCAACCAAACACUUUUGAGGAAACGAUACAUAGGUUAAAAGUUCAGGAAGCCAUGAAGAAGAAGGAUAAAAUACAACGAGAACAGGAAGAGAUCCUUAGGGAUAUUCGACACGGCCUCAUGAACAUGGGAAGAGAAGGAGUCCGGGGGCCUUUUGGAGACGACACGUACAUGUAUGACGACGAGGCGCGGGGGCUGUCGGGGCGCGGGCACUGGUACGACGAGCCGCCGUACGAGAGCGACCCCGAAGACUUCCUCAUGGGGGGGGGACCCGCCGCCAGCUUCCAGAACGGGCGCGUGUGCUUCACGCUCAACCUGCGCAACGAGCCCCGCGGGGAAGGCGUGAUCUCCUUGAGAAGUGCUGGUGACAUCAGCGUGGCCCGCGCGCCGCGGAGAGGGCUCAUCAUCCCGCAGAGCGGACCCUACCCCACCACAGUCAUCCCACUGCGCACCGCGCGGGACCGCGAGAGCGGGGACUACGCCGCCUCCGACAUCCAAUCUAUAGGCUCCAGGCUAUCUGGAAUCUCUUUAGAAUCGAGCCGAUCAGAACGCGACUGCCGAAGAGGCUACAGACAAAUGUCCGGGUACCGGAUAGGCGAGCCCGCCUCGCCCGUCAGCUCGGAUUACGAGGAUCAGGAGAGCGAAACGGAUUCUCAACACAUAGCCACUGUACACAAGUCGGCUGAGGAAUGCGAGGGUAUAACAAAUUUAGCCGGAAAAGUGAGAGGUCUUAGGCAAGAUGUCCAAAGAAAAAUAUCCCGGCUAAGACAGGAGCGAGGGCCGGAGGGCGAGCGGCGCGACCGCGCGGCCUUCCCUUGUUCUAAUAGUUCUUUUGAAAGUCUUCCCAGCGGCUCCGGCAGUAGUACGCAGGCGCUGGUCCGAGCUGGCAGCAACCACUCAUCAUUGUCUGCUGAAGAGAACAUAGAGUUAAGUCCGGCGGGCCGCAGCCUGCUGGCGCCCCAGAUGCUGUGCCGCGCAAGGACGCUUGUCGACUACACGCCUACUAUCUACGAGAAAGAUGCACUUAGAUACAAGAAGGGCGAGAUCAUCGAAGUCAUCAACAUGAACGCGUCUGGCAUUUGGAGGGGAGUUCUGAACAACAAAGUUGGGAACUUCAAAUUUGCGAACGUCGAAGUCCUGUCUGACAGGGAGGCGCGGUCGAGAGGCUCGUCCAAGUGGUGCAAGAGCCGGGAGCGGCUCUGGGAGACGCGCCCGAGGACCGUUGAAGAGCUACUCCGCCGAAUAGACUUGCCCGAGUACACUAUGGCGUUUGCGAGGAACGGCUACGAAGACAUAGAGCUCUUCAAGGAAAUUGAGCCGUCCGACCUCGACUACUUGGGGAUCAUGACGCCGGACCACCGCACGCGCAUCCUCGCCGCCGUGCAACUGCUGCACCAACUUGAAUAUGUGUUUUUCGCGUCAGGUGGCGAGGCGGACGGCGAGCACGACGCGGGCGGGUCCAGCUCGGAGGGCGGGGACUCCCCGUUCGGGCGGCGGCAGUUCCCGCGGGACUCCGGCUGCUACGAGGCGGGGGUCGGGGGCGUGCGUGUGCGCACUUCGCCGCUAGUGCACCGGACCGACGAGCCGUCGCACCGGCCGCCGGAGCCGCUGCCGCAGACGAAGAGAUCGAUCCGUCGUCGGCAGCCGGAUGAUGCUGAGUGUGACAAGAUCGAACGCUACCCAGGAAGUGUGGUGGAUCGCACGAUUAAUAGAAGCGGGGGAUUGCCUGGAGGAGCGAGAGAUGACACGUGUGAGUCGGACCACAGGCUGAACGUGGUGAAGUUCAUAGCGGGCGGGGAGCCGUGCGCGUCGGAGAAGAGCAGCGACUCGGGGGUGAGCAGCUCGUCGCUGAGCUCGGCGCACCCGCACCGGCCCUGAACGCGGCCGGCGGCGCCCCCGCUGGCCUAGGCGCCGGCGCGGGCCCGCGCGCCCCCCGCGCCGCCGCCCGCUCACCCCCUCACUCCACCACCGCAAGGUGAAUGAAACAUGACAUUCAUUAUUCCUAGUAUUAUUUGCGCUGCAUUUCUGAAGUUCGAUAUUCAAGUGUUAAAGUAAGUUUUGUUGUGGUUCCCCGGCUAGGGUCCUCUAAUGUCAUUCCUUUAGUGAUUUCGUAAGCAUAUCAUUGAUGGCGCCUUUUGUGUAACUUUAGUUGCUUGUGUAAGUUUUAUUUCAAGUUGAUUAAGGGCGGGGAUUUUGACGUUUUUGAUAGGCGAUUUUAAUGGAUGGCCGUUAAUUAGCUAAUGAUUUUGGGGUUCGGGGGAUAUUUAAAGGGUUUAUUUUGGUCCCCGCUCUUAAGUAAAUGACGGCAAUAAAUGAGUUGGUGUCAACGAGUAAGUUAGACGCGACUUGCUAUACAAUAAUUGUACAUAGUCUAGAUAGGUUAAUUACACGUUGAUACUUUUGUAAUUUUUUAAGAGAGCUUUAUGCGGCGCGCCGCGUGUUGUACAGGAUCAUAGUUUUAGCCAUUUUGAGUGUGAAAUUUUAAAUUUCGCCGCAUCUUCCGAGUCAUAUAUAGAGAAAAAAAACAAUAACAAGUCACUGGACGUCCUGAUUUCGUGAACACUAACGACUGCCAUCAGUGUUCCUUUUUUGUAAAUUUUGUAUAAAAGAUUAGCGAUGCACUUUUUGACUACGAUCGAGAACUAGUCCGAACUACUAAAUGUACAUAGAUAAAUAUUUGUUACUUGUAUAUUGUAGAUAGAACAUUAUUACUUUGGACGAUUAUUGUAUAUCUAUAAUUAAUUCUUUAUUAUUCCUAAAUGUUAAAAUAAUUUAUUUAAUAACGAAUUAUGUUUGAAAUGCUCAGGUAGAAAUUUUAAAUCCGUAUUACGAUAAAUGGGUAGUCUUGGUAAUUGUAAGACUUGUGAUUAAAGACAUAAGCAGUUUCGUAUUAUUGAAGUUGGAUUACUUUGUAUGUGUUUAGACAUCUCUUUCCUCAAUGAUAUCAGUACACUCUUAGCCAAUGUUUAUAUUUUUUUAUGACGGACCUUAUGUGUAAGUUUACAAAUCUGUUUACAGUUUAAAACGUGAAUUCUAAAUAAAUAAAAAUUUGAAAAUUUA